AUGUCACAAAAUCCAUCCAACAAGCCCGUCAUCGCGGUUGUGGGCGCAGGCCCAGGGAUUGGCGAAGCCGUUGCCCACCGCUUUGCGACCGAGCACUUCGUCGUCGCCCUCCUCGCCCGCACUGAAGACAAACUGCGGGACAUGGCGCAGACCAUCAACACUGAUGUCGGCGCCGGAACAGCACAUAUCUACUUCACCGACCUUCGCAUCGAAGACUCUGUAAUCUCAGCAUUCAAACGCAUCAGAUCCGAGCUCGGUCCCGUCAACGUGCUCGUGUACAAUGCCGGUGCGCGUCGCGUCAAUGGAAAAGCGCUGAUUGACACCACGAGCGAGGAGUUUGAGAACUUCACAAAGAUCAACCUUUUCGGGGCGUUUUGGUGUAGUAAACUCGUCAUACCAGAUAUGUUGGCCGCUGGAAAAGGCACCAUCUUGUUCACCAGCGCAACCGGUGCCCUGCGUGGGAUGCCCGGUCUCAGUUCGUUCUCUCCUGGAAAAUUCGGAUUGCGCAGUUUGUGCCAGGUCAUCACGCGGGAGUACCAGGCCAAGGGCAUCCAUGCAGUCAACAUUAUCAUCGAUGGGCCGGUGGAUGGCAAGCUGAUUGGCGGCGUGGUGAAGAGACAGUGGGAACGCAAUGGAGAGAGCGAAAAGGUGGCGGAGGUCGAUGCCUAUCUCGUCCAGCCCAGGGAGCUGGCGCAUACGUAUUGGUUUUUGCAUACACAGCCGCGGAGUACAUGGACGCAGGAGUUGGAUGUCAGGGCGAUGAAGGAAGGACUGUUUACGAAGCUGUAG